AAAAAAAAAAAAAAAACGAGUGUUAAAAUUGCAGAAAACACACUUAAAGUUGCAAACAUGGCAAACCCCUGUCUGGCUGUUAGUAAGCCACGCCUACAAUAAUGGGCCCUUUCUCUGGAUAACAUAACAUCACUUGCAAAUCGAUACGACCUUAAAGAGUGGUAAGCUAUACGCUUGAAUGGACCACGCGCCACUUGUGCAUCCUUAUGGUUAUGAGCCAUUGGUCUAUUGUUGUUGAAAUAUUAGGGAGUAUUAGUAUCGAGCACUCUUUGUCCUAGCGGCAUUUGGUUGGGGCAGGCGGGAGUGAGAGGUGGACCAGGUAGCACUGACAGGACAACGGCAAAUGAUAUUAGCGCUGUGCAGUGUAAGGGGCGCUUAGUUUUGGUACAGUUCAGAAAUAUAUCAGUCUUACGAUUUCGGAUUUGAUUUUUUUUCACUGCAUGAUCGGUGUUAACUGAACUGCUUUAAAAAAACUUAAUUCUCAGAUGCCAUUAUUAUGUUUCAUAAUAUAAGACAAAAUUGCUAGAAAAAAGGAUUGCCUCCUUAGGAUCUUAAGUUAGGAAUUUUUUUCAUAGACUGGUCAAUUUAAGCUAUAAGUAAUCUAGUACUGUACUUGUGAAUGAUAGGUCCGUACUAACUGUUCUCUCCCGAAAGAUUUGACCUGAUGCAUGGUUAUUGACGUGAAUAUUGACAGAAAAAUCAGCUCCCAUAGUUCUUUUACAACCCAAGACGUCCCAUCGUACUACGAUUAAUACAACGCCUUUGCCGACGCUGUCUACGAACGCUACUUCAUCCCAUACCAAACAUACUAGCAACUGGGCUUUUAACAUCAGGCACGGAUACUUAAGGCAAACUUUAGAGUCCCUGGGGGGACAGACGCAGUGAUUAACGCAACAAAGACAAAGCCUGGGACAAAAAGACAACAGUUGGUCACCGAGAGAACCCCGGGGUGCUGCACAAUUAGUGGCAAAUCAUCCAUUGAUUGGAUUUCUGCGCGAGCUUGUUGAAUCCCAUUUUCCACUGAAAUCCUCUAAGGGCAUAAGACAUUGUAUGAGAUAGAAAUUGUGGAUAAUCCAUUUAUUGGUGCCAUCUGACUGCAUUUGAUCCGAUAAGAUUAUAAAUAGAGCCAAACACGUCGCAGCUCCGCAUUUCUAUGGUUAGCUUUGGGCUUUGGCAGACGAUCAAAUUCACUUGGCCUGUACGCAUGCGUUGAUCUGGAAAGGCAAGACACACGCUUCAUAGAUUUUUUUCCUUGAAUAACGUGACUCCUAGAAUGAGACUUAGUAAACAGGUUAUUUUAAAAAAGGUGCUGCUAAUUCUGUGAGUCAGCGUUUAGCCGGAGACGCUAUUCAUCACUUUGCGGAUUGUUUGCACUGCGUGACGCACUGUUCCUCCCUGGAGUCUUGCCGUGGUUUCAUUACCGAGAAGAAAACUGAUUAAUAUUUAAAUGAACGCUGGCCGGUGCUGUAUCAUACAAGUGCGUGGAUACCGCAUAUAAAGAUCAAGUGUGCAUGUUUUCUGGAGCCUGGGAGCAACUCUAGGGAUUAAGAGUCACCAGGAUUCCACGAUUUCGAGGGAACGUUUUGGAAGGAGAACAGUGGCAUUACCAAUGCUGAACCAAAUGGUACAGUAUACCAUCAUCUUCGCCUCCGUUUAAAAUCAGCAGUGCCUUCCAUUUCUCAAACACAUAUACACGUAUAUUCUACCGAGCAUCAUCAUCAUCGUCAUCAUCAUCCAACAAGUGCCAUAAAAAUGCCGCGGUCAUUUCUGGUGAAGAAACACUCCAAGUUUACGGAAUACGACAUCUGCCGUCCUGCCUACCUGGGCGUCAACGAAGCCAGAGGAGCGGACAGUCCGAUGCCGGCUUACUCCAUUGAUGCGGCCAUCACGCCGAUAUUGACGCCAUACACUCCAUUUGCCCAUCAGCCUCUGACGGUCCGAGUGACGAACGGUUAUUUCCACGACCUUACACAGCGUUCCAGUGGUAUAACUAGCUGCAGUUCCAAGAAGGAGCCAUUGGAUCGGAGCGACUCUGAAGAAGAAAGCACCAGAGACGGAUCGCUCAAUUCGACUCAGCCAACAAGCCCGCUAUCCGGAAGCACCGCUUCAUCACACUCCGGCUCCGACUACGAGAAUCACGACAGUCACGAAGCGGCACAAGACGGUGUGACCUCUGACCUCUCUUUAUCUGGCACAGUUGGGUACACAUACGAAGCGUUUUUAAUCACCGACGGAAGAUCCAAGCGCCGCCGCCGGGGCUAUAACGCCGAGGGGAACGGGCGACAACGUUACACGUGUAACGAAUGCGGUAAGCAUUACGCAACAUCGUCAAAUCUGUCACGGCAUAAGCAGACGCAUCGCAGCCUCGACAGCAUGUCUGCCAAAAAGUGUCCGCAUUGUGACAAAGUCUACGUGUCUAUGCCAGCCUUGUCUAUGCAUAUUUUGACUCAUGAUUUGAAGCACAAGUGUGACGUUUGCGGGAAAUCCUUCAGUCGGCCUUGGUUGCUUCAGGGCCACAAACGUUCCCACACGGGAGAGAAACCCUACGGCUGUGCCCAUUGCGGCAAAGCGUUCGCGGAUCGUUCCAAUCUUCGCGCGCACAUGCAAACUCAUUCCGCCAUGAAACAUUACAGCUGCGAACGAUGCAACAAGACUUUUGCCUUGAAGUCCUAUCUCAACAAACAUUAUGAAUCUGCCUGUUUCAAAGAUGAUUUAAGUUCCAUUCCAUUUCAUGGUCAUUCCAGCGACAGUGAAUCAUCGAAUUAAACGUUUGUGUGGUGGGUGACGCACCAAUUAAAGAUGAGGCGGUAAGAACGUUGAAAAGAGACUGAAAACGUAUUUUGAUCACUAUUUACAGCUUCCCGAAGAGAAAAAAAGAGAUGAGUAAACGAAGUGAAACUUUCAGAAUAAAAUAUGGCUUCCAAAAGAGUAGAUUUUGACCAACAAUCAGUAUGAUGUCAUGCAAUGACUAAGCUGCAAGACAAUUGGAUUGUCUGAACGAUAAAGAAUACUCAUUUUUAACGUAAAACGACCGUUCUUGGGAUUUUUUGUGAGAUAAAAGUGGCUUCUUGGUAUCACCGACAACUCUUGAUACCCGCAACUCUAAAUAAAUUUACCCCCAUCAAUGUGCCAUUUUUAGACAACCUUUUUCCUUACUUCACUCUAGCUAAGUGAGUUGUAAUUUACAUUCGCUCUCAUUCAAAACGGUCCUUUCCACAUUUAGAACCUUGACAACUUGAAAUGAGUGUGUCAUGUGGUUGAGACACAUAAU